UAUCAUAAUUAUUAAACCACAAUCAUCUUGGCGCAGGCGCAGAUUAUUAUGACCCUGUGCGCAGCCAGUCCUGCCUUGCCCUCCUUCCUCCUCCAAUGGAUGGAGACGUUACUUAGGCGGUGGGGCCCCUCUGUCCAAUCGUGCUGGAGUUUGUUAGUUUUGAGAGACUCGUCCUUCCUCCUCUUCCUUUCCCGGGCCGCUUGUCUCCAACGAUGGCAGCUGCGGCGGGGCCCGGGCCGGAGGAGCUGAUUUUGUUAGAGAAGCUCCUGGGGCUGAAGAAAGGGAACAAGUACGGUGCCCUGGAGGCGCGGAAGGUUCCAGUUCUUCAAACAAACAAUGGUCCCAGUCUAACAGGAUUGACUACUAUAGCUACCCAUCUAGUCAAACAAGCUAAGAAAGAACAGCUACUUGGAAGUACUGCAGAAGAGAAAGCAAUAGUUCAGCAGUGGUUAGAAUACAGAGUAACUCAAAUAUCUGGACAUUCUAAUAAAGAAGAUAUAAGAAUAAUUCUGAAGGAUCUUAACUUAUACCUUGAAGACAAAGUCUACCUUGCCGGAAACAACUUUACUUUAGCAGAUAUUUUAAUGUACUAUGGGCUACAUCACAUCAUAGCUGAGCUUACAGUGCAAGAGAAGGAGAAAUACCUUAAUGUGUCUCGCUGGUUUAAUCACAUUCAACAUUAUCCAGGUAUCAGGCAACAUCUGUCUAAUAUCGUCUUCAUGAAGAAUAGACUCUAUACUAAUCCCCAUUAGGGGUCUUCUGUGCCAUAUUGGAAGGAUGAUUGGGAAUUGAAAAAAUGGGAACGGUUGUCUAGAUUUCAAAACCACUAACUUGUAUAACCUUAAUAAAUGUAUAACCUUCCUUAUGUGAACCAGAACAGCUGAUGCCUAAAGUAAUAAAAUUGCGUUGAAUAACUAUCA